AUGUCUGCUGAUACAACACUUGAUGAUCUUAUCUCAGUGACACGCAAUGACGAUCUUACCAAUUCUAUAACCGAGUUUAUCAAAAAAAAUGGUGCUGAAGGCUUGAGAACUUUUACUCAAGAGCGACUUGAUCAAUGGAGACAAUGUUCAUUGAAUAUAGCUGUUACAGGAAAUAGUGGUGUCGGUAAAUCUACAUUAAUUAAUACAAUUCGCUCUCUUCGACCAUAUGAUCCUGGUGCAUCCCCUGUCAAUGUUGUUGAAUGUACAUCCGUACCAAAAGCUUAUUCACAUCCAGCAAAUGAAAAUUUGAAAAUUUGGGAUUUACCAGGUGUUGGUACGAAGAAGUGUCCAAAACAAACCUAUGUAGCUGAGAUGAAUUUUCAUCAAUAUGAUUUUUUUCUUAUUGUUAGUCGAACACGUUUUACUGAAAAUGAUAUGUGGCUUGCAAGAGAAAUCAGCAGGAUGAAUAAAGGCUUUUUCUUUAUACGUACACAAAUCGAUAUCGAUAUCGAUAAUAGUCAAGAUGAACAAGCAACAUCAUUCAAUGAAGAAAUUCUUUUGACAAAAAUUAGAAAUGAUUGUUUAACUUAUCUAGAAACACAAUAUAAUCUCUCACCCUCACUUUAUUUAAUUAGUGGUAGAUUAAAUAACAAUCAACGAUGGGACUAUCCUCGAUUAAUGACUGAUUUAUUGACACAUUUUCCACUCUUGAAACGGCAUGCUUUCAUUCUUGCUAUGAGUCCUAUUUGCAAAGAUGUUGUUCGAACUAAGAUAGUUCAUCUAAGAAAACGCAUAUGUCUUGUAGCAAUAGCAUCAGCUGCUGUAGCGAUUAUACCAGCUCCAUUUGUGUCAAUUGGCUUUGAUUUAACAGCCUGUAUACAAGAAACAAAAGUCUAUCGACAGCAAUUAGGUCUUACGGAAGACGCACUACGUCAGUUGAGUGAACGUCAUCACAUACCAUUUGAACGAUUUUCCGAUGCAAUAGAUGAUAGAAUUCCUAUUCAAGCAAUGGCAAGUAUUGCUCAAUUCGUUAUAUCCGUUGCAAGAUCAGUUGCCGAGUCACUCGUAAAACAAGAAGGUGCACGAUAUAUUCCAAUUGUUGGAUCAGCUAUUGCAAGUGCAGCAUCGUUUGGUAGUACUCUAUAUAUAUUAAAUAGUAUCUUGAAUGAUAUGGAACAGGCAGCAUUACAAAACGAAUUAACAUCAGUUUUUUUUCGUACAUAUCAAUAUAAAGAUGCAGAUGCUAAAGAAUGGAUUAUCAAAAGUGAUAUUGUACUUCUUGUUGUUCGGGAAUCAUCAACAGCCAAUGAUCGUACUAUAGCUUCUCUUCGACAUGCAUCAGAGAAAAAAACCUUAUUUAUUGUUCGAACUCAUAUUGAUGAAAUUGUUAAUGUUACUCAACGAUAUUCUCAAUCAACUUCCAACGAAGAACAAACAAUAAAGAACGAACAAGAAUUUCUUUGGUCUCAAUAUAAAGAAUUUUUAACGUGCGAAAAUGAUAUUUACUUAAUUGGUAGUCAUUUGAAUCAUAAGGAUAAAUGGGAUUUUGAAAGAUUAAAGAAUGAUUUAAUGAGUAAAUGCCAAAUUACUGAACAAAAACAGAUUGAUCAGCCAAUUACAGAAGCAGGUCAUGCUGAAGUUCUUCAUAUUGGUGUAUUAUCAGCUAAUCCAAUAUUACCAGUCAAUUUGCAGCCACAAGAUCAAAUGAAUGAAAUAUAUUUCGAUAAAGAAAAGAAAUUAUUCGUUGAAUAUUUCGACAAGCAUGGUUUAGAUGAAAUCGAGCAAUAUUUUAUUUCUCGUUUACGAGAAUGGGAACUAUUGUCUCUUCAUAUUGCUGUGACUGGAAACAGUGGGGUUGGAAAAUCAAGUUUUAUUAAUGCAAUACGAGGAGUAACACCUAAUAGUCCAGAUGCUGCUAAAACAGGUGUUACAGAGUGUACUCGUGAACCUCAAGCUUUUCUACUUUCUAUACAUCAAAAUUUAACAUUUUGGGAUUUACCAGGUUGUGGAACACCAAAUUAUCCUCGUGAAAAUUAUCUUAAAUACAUUAAUUUUGAACAAUUUGACGUUGUAAUUAUUAUAUGUAGUGGACGUUUUACUGAAGAUGAUGGUUGGCUAGCUGAAGAGAUGACUCAAAUGAACAAACCUUUCUUUUUUCUUCGAAGUAAAAUCGAUCAAGAAAUUACCAAUGCUCAACGUGAUUCUCCUUCACCAUUUGACGAACAUGCUGUAUUAACAAUAAUUAAAAAUGAUUGUGUACAACACUUACGCCAAUAUUCACAUCAUCGCAAAGUUUAUUUAGUUAGUGGCAAUCAGAAAUACUUACAUCGAUGGGAUAUGAAUGAUUUUAUGCAUGAUCUUUGUCAAGCAUGUCCACAAUUGAAACGUGAAUCUCUUGUCUUUUCAAUGAAUGCUCAUUGUCGAGAAGCUGUACGAGUAAAAGUUGAAUAUCUUCGAAAACGACAAUGGCUUAUAUGUAGUGCUAUUGCUGCAGCUGCUAUUCUACCUGUUCCUGGUUUUUCCAUGAGUAUUAAUCUUUUAGCUUGUUUGACAGAAGCGAAAGAAUAUCGUCAACAGUUGGGUCUACAUAAUGAAGCCGUCGAACGUUUAGCUAUAUUGAGAGAAACUUCAUCAGAAUACAUUCGACGGACAAUCAAUUCAGUUUUGCCUCUUCUGGAUGAUGAAACUUUUGAAACACUAUUCAAAACCAAAUUAUUAACUCUUAAUGCUGCCAUCGGCCAUUGUAUACCUGUAGUAGGUUGUGUUCUUUCAGUACAAGCAGUGAUAGAAACACUGGAUUAUUUUCUUAAAAUGAUGGAAAAAGUUGCUUUAACUGUGACUGAUAUUCACUUUGGUGACAUUUCGUCAUUACCUCCAGUGACUACGAUAGAAUAUUCUGAUCCUCAAAUAAUUUCAUAA